CUCCAACGGACCCCUCCGUGGGCUGAGGGGGCGGGGAAAUUGUCCAAGGAGCCCCUCGGUGGAGAAGCCAAGACGCUGGGAGGUUGCUGGUGCAGCUGCCUAGGGCGGCGUCACUGAGCCACGCCAGCGGAGCCAGGUGCAGCCCCGCUCCUCUCGCCUGCCUUCUCUGCGGCUCGCUUCUUCACCAGGGGUCCCUCGAGCCUUUUCCAUGCCCCCGGUGGACGCAGCCCUUCGCACCCUCCACGCCCAUGGCCACUAGCCUGCGGAGGCCGUCUUUUACCGCCUGUUCUUCCUCCCUUCUGGACGCGGACGACGAGGGCAUGCGUGGCCCUUGUGAAGAUGCCUCUCUGUGCAAGCGAUUUGCGGUGAGCAUUGGCUACUGGCAGGACCCUUGCAUCCCGCAUUUGGUGAGACUGUCUAAAGCGAGGAAGGCCCCCAAAAUUAACAGAGGAUAUUUUGCUCGUGUCCAGCGUCAGUCAGCUUAUCAAGGCAUUUCUACGGAAGACAGGAUGCAACUGUCAAAUUCUAAACCUUGGGGCUGGGAUGGAUACCACCUUCUGGAGGUUAAAGGAUGUGGAUCUUCUACCAAGUACAUCUUAGAAAGUCAAUGUUCCAGCGAUCAUCACGAGGAAGCUGCGCAGCAUCAAGUAUAUAAACACUACCACCUGACUAAGUAUGUUUCAACUUGGACACACACGCAUGCACGCACGCACGCACGCACAAAGGAUACCACAAAAUACUUCCGAGUUCAUUCGUAUACAGGGGACCCUAAAGAAAAAUUAUUCUUGCAUGCACCGAAGGAGAAAAUCUCCACGUACCUGUCCCCGACCCAUUAGCAGGGUGCACUCACUGGUGGCGCCAGGAGCAUAACUUUCUAGUGCAGCCAGAGGUGGAUCUUUGUGACGUCUGUCGAUUGUUCCUUUGGAUCCGGAAGCAGCAUCCUAUGCAAUCUAUCACAACAGGGAGGACUGCUGACAUCUUGCUGUCAGAAGACCGUAGGGAAAUUUGUACUCAUUUAUUCCAUUUAAUCUUUUGGUCCCCUGGCUCACCAGCUGCCCAGGAGUGCUGCCUGGAUCAAGGUCAGACUUAGAAGGAUCAUGCAGUUUAAAACAACCAACAGACAGGAUUUUUGAACAACUACCUUUGUUUAACAGAGACCUUCUAGAAACACAGCAAAGUAAGAGUGAUCGUGCCUGAUGGUCUGGUUCAAACACAUUCAGAAGAAUCAUGAACCUGGGGAAAGGGUUGUAGAUCCCUAAGGGCCUCGAUGCCCUGUUCUACGAGGUGGAAAUGGUAUUCUAGAAGGCUGACUUUUAGUAUGAUGUUAUGAGGACGACUUCAUGAAGUACGGGUAACAUUUUAGAGAAAGGAAGGACGGGUGCCUCGUCAAUGCUCCAUAUGCGUUCAGCCUUGAGUGAUGGCAAGAGUAAGCUAGACAGUCAGUGGUGGCUGAAAACCAAAGGGGGUAAAUGGAUGCCUCAAGUCGGGAAGGGUGGAAGCUUAUUCCCCAGCAUCUUCAUGGGAACGAUGCUUCGCAGCUCAUGGACAGUACCUAUUUUCAUCUCCUCUGAUACUCAGUCCUGUUGAAGGUGAGGAAGUGCAAACAGGACCCACAUGAGGGGUAACCAAGUGACAGUCCAAGCGUCACAACAAUGACGGGUGAUGAAUCUGAGGCAGGUGGACCAGACAUAUUAAUUAAGACAACGAACCCGGAAGUUAUACGCAUAACUCUAGAGAUAGCUCAGAGGGGUAGAAAUGAGAAGAAAAACACAAGAAGGAAAAAUGCAGGAGACAAAGUGAGCGAGCCCAUCUGAAGGAACAGCCACUCGGGGGAGCAAUGUAAACUUACCUUAG